CACACAUACACACACAUACACACCCGCACCACACACACACCCGCACCCACGGACGCACACCCGCACCCACAUACAUGCACACGCGCGCCCGCCGCCGCACGCUCUCGAGCACACGCCCCGGGGGGAAGGAAGGAACCGCGGCCGGACGCCCCGCAGCCCCCGCCGCCGUCAGGAGCCCCCACCACCACCAUCACCGGCUUUUGUCUGCCGCCCCCGCCGGGAGCCGACCCUCCGCUCGGCCGGCGUCCGCCCGGGAGCAUGGACGAAGCGCUUUGAGAGGGGGACCCGCCGAGGGGGGCGGAUUUUGAAGUUUGAAUAAGGAUUUUUAUCGCUUCCCUUUUCCCCUUUUCUCUCCGCUCCGGUGCGGUUCGAUCCCUUCCCCCAUCUUCUCUCCCAGGUUUUUAUUUUAUUUUCCUCUUCAACUUUUAUGUUUUAUUUUUUUUUAAAUCCGCCUCGAGAGGCUGGAUUUUUUUGUUACCGUUUCUAAUUUGAUUUGGUUAUACCCGUCUCUGCCGCCCGUAGAGACCGGUCUCUCCGGGCAGCGCCAUCCCUCCACCCCGACCCGCGGGGCUGCCAUGGAUCGCACCGGCGGCACCGGUGGGGGCAGCGACCGCAGGCAGACUGAGGAGAGCAAGCCGCUGCUGGGCGAGAUGUCUGCUCCCGAGGGGAAUAAAAUGGGUGCCGCGCCGUGCCGGAGAGCCCUGCUCCACUGCAACGGCAUGAGGUACAAGCUGCUGCAGGAGGGGGACAUCCAGGUGUGUGUCAUCCGGCACCCCCGGACGUUUCUCAGCAAGAUCCUCACCUCCAAGUUCCUGCGGCGGUGGGAGCCGCACCACUUGACCCUGGCAGACAACAGCGUCGCCUCGGCCACGCCAACUGGGUACAUGGAAAACUCCAUUUCCUACAGUGCUAUUGAAGAUGUUCAACUGCUCUCCUGGGAGAAUGCCCCUAAGUACUGUUUACAGCUCACGAUCCCAGGGGGUACUGUCUUACUGCAGGCUGCAAACAGUUACCUGAGGGAUCAGUGGUUCCAUUCUUUGCAGUGGAAGAAAAAGAUUUACAAGUACAAGAAGGUGCUCAGUAACCCCAGCCGCUGGGAGGUGGUUUUGAAGGAGAUCAGGACGCUGGUGGACAUGGCACUGACGUCUCCACUUCAGGAUGACUCCAUUCACCAAGCACCACUGGAGAUUGUCUCAAAACUGCUCUCAGAGAACAACAACUUAACCACUCAAGACCACGAGAGCAUUAUUGUGGCAAUUGCACCUUUGCUGGAAAACAACCAUCCUCCUCCUGACCUCUGUGAAUUCUUCUGCAAGCACUGCCGAGAGCGCCCGCGGUCCAUGGUUGUGAUAGAAGUGUUCACACCGGUGGUACAGAGGAUUCUCAAACACAACAUGGAUUUUGGGAAGUGCCCUCGGUUGCGGCUGUUUACUCAGGAGUACAUUCUGGCUUUGAAUGAGCUGAAUGCUGGAAUGGAGGUGGUGAAGAAGUUUAUUCAUAGCAUGCACGGCCCAACUGGACAAUGCCCCCAUCCCAGGGUCCUACCAAACCUUGUAGCUGUCUGCUUAGCAGCCAUUUAUUCAUGUUAUGAGGAAUUUAUCAACAGUCGAGACAAUUCACCAAGCCUGAAGGAAAUUCGGAAUGGCUGCCAGCAGCAGUGUGACCGAAAGCCUAAUCUGCCCCUCCGCCUCCUGCACACGAGUCCUGACCUGGUCUCUCAAGAGGCCACCUUGACUGAGUCCCGUCUCAAACCAGUUAUCGUCACUUCCAACGAGAUCCAUGUGGAAGUGGAGCGAAACAACACAGCUAAUCAGAAGAUGACAGCCAAUGUUGGCAAUGACAGUGAGCCCAACCUGAUCGACUGCUUGAUGGUCAGUCCUACCUGCAGCACCAUGAGCAUUGAGCUGAGUGCCCAGGCAGACAGGAUCCUUGGCUGUUAUGUGGAAAUACUCAAGAUGCUGUCAGACUAUGAUGACUGGAGACCAGCCCUGGCCAGCUUGCUUCAACCUAUCCCAUUUCCCAAAGAGGCUCUUGCACAUGAGAAAUUCACAAAGGAGCUGAAAUAUGUGAUUCAGAGAUUUGCAGAAGACCCGAGGCAAGAAGUCCACUCGUGUUUGCUGAGCGUGCGGGCUGGCAAAGAUGGCUGGUUCCAGCUCUACAGCCCUGGAGGAGUGGCAUGUGAUGAUGAUGGAGAGCUGUUUGCCAGUAUGGUUCAUAUUUUAAUGGGAUCCUGCUAUAAAACAAAGAAGUUCCUGCUUUCACUGGCUGAGAAUAAAUUAGGACCUUGCAUGCUACUGGCUUUGAGGGGUAACCAGACAAUGGUUGAGAUUUUGUGUUUGAUGCUGGAGUACAACAUCAUCGAUAAUAACGACACCCAGCUCCAGAUCAUCUCUACCCUGGAAAGCACAGACGUGGGAAAGAGAAUGUAUGAACAGCUGUGUGACAGGCAGAGGGAGUUAAAAGAGCUGCAAAGAAAAGGUGGUCCCACAAGGUUAACACUGCCAUCCAAGUCCACAGAUGCAGACCUGGCCCGCUUGCUGAGCUCGGGAUCUUUUGGAAAUUUGGAAAACCUCAGCCUGGCCUUCACCAAUGUGACAAGUGCUUGUGCUGAGCACCUCAUUAAACUGCCUUCACUCAAGCAGCUGAACCUGUGGUCAACUCAGUUUGGAGACGCAGGGUUGCGGCUUCUGUCUGAACACCUCACCAUGCUGCAAGUGCUCAACCUGUGUGAGACUCCUGUCACGGAUGCUGGGCUGCUGGCACUUAGCUCCAUGAAGAGCCUGUGUAGUUUAAAUAUGAACAGCACCAAACUUUCGGCAGAUACCUAUGAAGAUCUCAAGGCUAAACUACCCAAUCUGAAAGAAGUGGACGUCCGCUACACCGAAGCAUGGUGAACUCUCCCUGCCUUCAACUCUUCUCUUUUGCUUCUCCUGAGAAGGAAAAGAUUUUUAAAACAAACAGAGAAAAACACACCGGAAAAUAACUUUUUUGGCUAAUACCUGUAGAGCAGUGAGUCCUGGGACUUGGUGGUGUAGGAGUCGUGGUUGUGGGGUAGAGGAGUGCCGUUGUAUGUGUUGGGGGGAACGGGGCAAGCCUGGACCCAGCCGGAUUCUUGCAGCUUUGUGCUUUCAGAAUCAACAUAAUCUACACUGAAAAGGAAAAUAAAAAAGCAAGGACACUGUAGCAGCAAGAGGAUGAUAAAGAGGAAAACAAAAACAAGAACACAACAAACCCAACAACAUCUUGGUGGAUUUUCUUUGCCUUUGUGUUUUAUGCCGUGUGGAGAGAGAGGAGAAACAAAAUAUAUAUUCAUUUUUCAUUAUUUACCCAAGUUUCCUUGGCUGGCAGCCGGCCAGCCAGAACUCUUCUUCCACCAGUUUUGCUACAGAAAAAAA